GUAGGUGACAGCAUCGUCCACAAAGCCAGAGAGACGCUAGAAAGAGCCAUCAAGUUGGUCAAUGACACGAAGAAAUGGGGGGCGCGAGUCGUGUACGGAGACACGGACAGCAUGUUUGUUCUGCUGAAGGGAGCCACCAAAGAGCAGGCCUUCAAGAUUGGCCAUGAGAUCGCCGAGGCAGUGACCGCAACCAACCCCAAACCAGUCAAGCUCAAGUUUGAGAAGGUGUACCUGCCCUGUGUGCUGCAGACAAAGAAGCGGUACGUGGGCUACAUGUACGAGAACCUGGAUCAGAAGGAUCCUGUAUUUGAUGCCAAAGGGAUAGAAACGGUGCGACGCGACGGAUGCCCCGCUGUUUCCAAGAUCCUGGAACGGUCCAUCAAGCUUCUGUUUGAGACGCGGGAUGUCAGUCAGGUGAAGUGCUUUGUGCAGCGCCAGUGUGCAAAGGUUCUGGAUGGCCGGGCCAGCAUGCAGGACCUCACCUUUGCCAAGGAGUACCGUGGCAGUGGCUCGUAUCGGCCCGGAGCCUGCGUGCCCGCACUGGAGCUCACCAGGCGUAUGAUGGCGUACGACCGGCGCCUGGAGCCGCGGGUUGGCGAGCGGGUGCCCUACGUCAUCGUGUAUGGGAUGCCCGGUGUGCCCCUUAUCCACCUGGUCCGUCGGCCCAUGGAGGUACUGCAAGACCCCAGCUUGCGCCUCAACGCCACCUACUACAUCACCAAGCAGAUCCUACCGCCUCUGGCUCGCAUGUUCCAGCUGAUCGGAGUGGACGUGUUCAGAUGGUACCAGGAGCUGCCCAGGAUCCAGAAGUCCUCCUGCUUCUCUGCAGUGGGUGGGGACGAACCUCCAGGGAGGAAAGGAACCAUUUCUCAGUAUUUCACUACUCUUCACUGCCCCGUGUGUGACGAACUGACCCAGCUGGGUGUCUGCUCGCGGUGCCGGUCCGAGCCCCAGCGAGUGGCCAUUACUCUGCACCAGGACAUGAGGCAGUGGGAGAGUCAGCAGGAGCAGCUGCUGAAGAUCUGUAGGAACUGCAGCAGCGGCGCCGAGCGGCAGGUGCCCUGUGUGUCCCUGGACUGUCCUGUCCUCUACAAACUGUCCCGGGUCAACAGACAGCUGUCCAAGGCCACCUACCUCAGACAGCUGCUGGAGCAGUUCUGA